CGCGCAUUCAGUACCAGCCCGCCACGAUGGGCUUGUAUUCAUCCUACUACACCUAUGGACUACCUACCUUCGUUGCUUUAGUUGUCGCACUCUAUCUGCUGUUUACUGGUUCUGGGGAGGCAUUCAACGUUGGCCAGUUCCUUGAGGAGACGAGCCCGUAUGCUUGGGCAUCCACCGGCAUCGGCUUGUGCAUAGGGUUGAGUGUGCUGGGCGCGGGAUGGGGUAUCUUCAUCACCGGUGCUUCAAUCCUCGGUGGAGGUGUACGUGCGCCUCGUAUCAGGACAAAGAACUUGAUCAGUAUUAUAUUCUGCGAGGUCGUGGCUAUCUACGGUGUAAUCAUUGGCAUCGUCUAUUCUGCUCGCGUCACAGCUGUUCAAGACACGCUCCUCUACACGCGUGAAAAUUACUUCACAGGAUACGCGCUGUUCUGGGGAGGUCUCACAGUCGGCGCGUGCAACUUGUUGUGCGGUGUCUCCGUCGGUAUCGCGGGUUCCACCGCUGCUCUAGCAGACGCUGCGGACCCCGAUCUCUUCGUGAAGAUCCUCAUUGUGGAAGUCUUUGGCAGUAUCAUGGGUCUCUUUGGUCUUAUUGUUGGGCUCCUCAUGAUUGCCCAGGCCGGCGAGUUUGCUGCUGCUGCUGCUCCUUCUGCGAUUGCAUCACCAUUUGUACACUGAGCACGGUAAUUCCUAUGUACGCAGUUCUAGUAAUACCCCGCUUUGUGCAAUGUAGGUGUGAGGCUUCCGAAUGGGCAUGCUGCCUGGGUCGUCGGAAGUACUUCCGACCACUCAGGCAGCUAUGUGAACCUUCCCGCCUUACGCUUCCGUGCGAUCUUGCGAUCCUGCUAGUGUAAUAGGGAGUGCCAUUACGAGGCCCCACUUCUUGCAAGGCGCAACUCUAUUAAUCAUGACAGAUCCUUGCAUAUGCUAUGGGUUUCGACG